AUCGCUGUUGCGUGAGACGUCUACUAGUCGAGGUUUUAGGAACGACGUUUGCUGUGGUUAUGUGAGAUUGAUAUUUCACGGUCGUGUUAGAUUAAUGGAAAAAAUAUCUCUUCCCUAAAUAUGGAAAUUGAUAGACGUAAUUUUCGUGACUUAAGCAAACUGAGAGUUCUGCAGCUCGAACAUUUCCACAGUCGUAAAUAACCAGUCUUGUGUUACUAUUUACUAUACGUGUGUGUGUGUGUAUGACGUAUGAAAUUCAAGAAUAAGUUGAUAUGAUAUGCCAUGCCGCCCAGAUUUCUUAAUGUUUAUUACAAAGUUAGACUCUAGUAGAUCACGGCCUUAUCGUAACACGGAGUAAACAAUACAGUCCGUGAACAUCCUGGGGUUUAAAACAUCUUAAAACAGUUGCAGCGUUACAGAGAUAACGGGGAUUUAGUUACUUAUUGACCACAUAAAACAGAUAUUUGCAUUUAGUGAUUGUGAUUCUCUCUUAGCAAUAUGACUGAUGUAGAUAUGUGGAUUGAAAUCGCCAAGGAGUGCAAGUAUCUUCCCGAGAAUGAUCUGAAGAAACUAUGUGAUAUGGUCUGCGAUAUUCUGUUAGAAGAGUCAAAUAUUCAACCAGUAUCAACGCCAGUUACGGUAUGCGGGGAUAUACAUGGGCAGUUCUAUGACUUAGAAGAACUUUUCCGAAAUGGAGGACCUGUUCCAGAGACUAAUUAUAUUUUCAUGGGAGACUUCGUGGAUCGAGGCUACUACAGUUUAGAAACUUUCACCAGACUUCUCACUUUAAAAGCAAAAUGGCCAGACCGUAUUACUUUGCUGAGAGGUAAUCACGAGUCGAGGCAAAUCACCCAAGUAUAUGGUUUUUAUGAUGAGUGCCAGAACAAAUAUGGAAAUCCAAAUGCAUGGCGUUACUGCUGUCGGGUGUUUGAUCUUCUUACAGUUGCAGCGCUCAUAGAUGAGCAGGUUCUGUGUGUUCAUGGUGGACUCUCUCCUGACAUUGUAACAUUGGACCAGAUUCGAAGUAUAGAACGAAAUCAAGAAAUCCCUCAUAAAGGUGCCUUUUGUGAUUUGGUGUGGUCUGAUCCUGAUGAUGUGGAGACAUGGGCUGCUAGUCCAAGAGGAGCGGGAUGGUUAUUUGGAGCAAAAGUGACACACGAGUUCAUGUCUAUAAACAGCCUCAAAUUGAUAUGCAGGGCACAUCAGCUUGUUCAUGAAGGUUACAAGUACAUGUUUGAUGAUAAGUUGGUCACAGUCUGGUCAGCACCAAAUUACUGUUAUCGAUGUGGUAAUAUUGCUUCAAUCCUUGAAUUCACCACAAUUGAUAACAAAGAACCAAAACUCUUCCAAGCUGUUCCAGAUUCUGAGCGAGUUAUACCACCUCGGACGACGACACCAUAUUUUUUGUGAUGGUUCAUGUGACACCUGAAAUUGUGUGAACACCAAAUCUGAGAGAAUACUCAGUCACUUUCCACUUCCAAAGACAGUAGUACUAUCUCUGAAAAUGUAUUUUUGUAUGGUGCAGAUAUUUCAAAAUUUGUUAUCAUAUACAUGUAAAGUGUGUAUGUGUGCAUGUUUGUUUGCUUGUGGGCAGGGAAAAGGGCAUGCAGAAGCCAAGCUAUGCCUGAAGGGCUGUCUGGCUAACCUGUGAGGAAAAGAAAUCUCCAAAAUGUUUUAAUUGAAGCUUUUAAAUUCUUAUAUUGUUAAUUCAUGUUUCAAUAAUUUCAGUGGUAUUGUUUGAAGUUAAUUUGGAUGUGUAUCAGGAAAGAUCACUGGUGAGAGCAAAUUUUGGCAUUUUUAAGGUGUGUUUAGUCAUACAACCAGUUAAUAAUAGUCAUGAAAUCCAAUUGUUACCCAAAAACAAUAUAACAAAUACGUGCAGUGAGCUGCCCAUAAAAUUGUAAGAUUAAGAAAAAGUGUAGAAAAUGUAACUGUUUUGGAGUAAAGUGCAAAGGACUGACAAAGUGGAAAAGGAUUUGGAAAAACAAUAACACAUGUGGAAAGUACAAAAACUUCAGACUCUGUUGGAAGUAUAGCUGAUGGGAACAGUAACAUUUCUUCAGUAGCUGCAAACAACGAUUUGUAUACAGCUGAGACAUGGUGCAGGGAGUGUUUCUUCUGUUGUUUUCAUGGUAGAAUUGAUCUAAUGGAGUGCUAUCUGAGGUCUUUUGAGAUGAAAAUAGUUAAUUUAUUUAGUGAAUGAGCUUAAAAAUGGGUAAUGAAAGUUUCUAAAUUCAGAUGUGGUUUUAAAACAGGUAUUUAACUGUAAGGCUAACUGAGUUGUCGGUAUAAUUGUACUGUUGAAAAAAGUAGAAAAUGUAACUUUUUUUGGAGCUGUUUAAUUCAGUAUAAUUCUGUUUGCAUCAUUGUUCACACAGAAAAUUAAAUAAUGGAUCAGUGCCUCCAUUCAUGUUAGUGAGCUGUGGAUGGUUUCAUUGGACAAUAUUGUUGAGAAGUGAUAAAGCAAAUAUGAGUGCCCAGAUAAAAUUUAUGAAUAAAAAUCCAUAUGUAAUGCCCAAGUAAAAUUUGGAUACCUCAAGUAUUAAAGAAUAUAUUCCAAGCUGGACUGAAAAUUUCGCAUAUAAGGUCCCAUGUCAGUUUCUGUGAUGAUGUGAUUGCAGCUUAUGAUUGAGUGACAUUUCACAGUGGUAAAGACACUGAACUGGUAUUAGAGAGGGUGGCAUUUCAGGUCCCUGUGUGGGCAUCCACAUUUAGGUUUCCAGUUAUUUCCAUUAGUUGUUUAAAGUGAAUGCCAGAAUGGUUUGUUUGAAAGAACCCACUCUAUUUCCUUUUCGAGUCUGAGCUUUUGCUCUGUCUGUAAUGACAUUGUCAUUGGUGGGCAGCCCACAUCUCGUGGUCGUGCGGUAGCGUUCUCGCUUCCCACGCCCGGGUUCGAUUCCCGGCGGGGUCAGGGAUUUUCUCUGCCUCGUGAUGGCUGGGUGUUGUGUGCUGUCCUUAGGUUAGUUAGGUUUAAGUAGUUCUAAGUUCUAGGGGACUGAUGACCAUAGAUGUUAAGUCCCAUAGUGCUCAGAGCCAUUUGAACCAUUGGUGGGCAAUUAAAGUCUGUUUUUCUUCCAGCUUAUUCAAAAUAAUGUGGCUGAGUACACAUUUGUUGAGACUCUUGUGCAAUCUCCUAAAGAAUUUUAAUUUUUUAAUUCUAGUGGACAUACUGUACAUAGAAACAUGUUUGGAUUUUUCUUUGAGUUUGACUAACCUCUUCAUUGGUUUCCAUUCAUUGAGGAAUGUGGAGAGUCAAGCUCCUGAGGUUACAUAAAAAUUCAACCACCAAAUACAGGUAGAAAUAGAUGGCCACAGUAAUUAUAACAAAAGGAGGGGGGGAAAGAACAAUAGUUAUUAGUCUGGGCAGUGAUUAGUGCCUAUUUCCUUUUUAUGGGUGUAAAAGUUGUUUAGAAGUGGCUUGCAGUCCAAAUGUUCUGGAGAUAAAAUUUGCCAUGGUGUGGAAAGAUGUAUUGUUGGACAAUAACUUGAUGACUGUAUCAUCUUGUGAUUGAUUCUGUAUUUGUUGGUCUGUUGCCUGAUGUCACAGCAUGUAGGAAUUAUACUCUGUAUUGCUGUCAAUGCAGAUUCCUUCAUAAGAUGUGCAAUCCCGUGGGUAACAGGAUUUAAACCAAUCAAUGUAGUCAGUAUUCUUGGCUGUAAACUCCAAGUCUCAGGUAGUCUUCAGUUUGUCAAAAACCUAUGAUUGUUCACUCACCAUGUAGUGCAGUUCCGUAGUAUGCCUGCAUAAUAAAGUCAACAGUGAAGUUUUGAAGUUUUGCAGCUCAGACAACUUGAGCAAUCAUUCUAAGUCUAAAACAUCACAAUGCACAUUCUUUCUUCAUUUUAGCUAUUUUAUUUGUACAUCAUUACAAGCAGCUAUUACAGAGAAGUUCAUAAAAGAUGUUUUGUUUCCUCCAGUGAUUGACUGAUUGCCAUAUUUAUGUCUUUCAUUUUGCUACAUCCUUGGAGUCUGCAUAUUUAGAAACAUCCACCACAUUUAGUGUCUGUCAGUAGUUGUGGCAACGUCAGUUGUUACCAUUAAACACACAUGAAUUUAGUCUAAGAGAUAGUACAAGGAAAGUUUGUAAAAAAAAGACAAGGUUAAAUUUUUAGAUAUGAACAAACAUCUCAAAAGUUGAAGCAUAGCAAAUCCAGAUGAGCAAUAAGGAGAUUGUCAGGUACUUUGAAGACCUGCUGCUAAUUUGAAAACAGAAAUGAAAAUAACUAUUAUGAUCUGUAGUGUGUAGGCAGAAAUAAUGUUGUUCUGAAUGACAGUAUUAGUAAUCAGUUCAGAUCAAUUUUUGUGAGCUGUGAUAGGGGAAGAAAUUUGUUGUUGCCUUGAUGAAGACAAUGUCAUAUCAUUUACUACUUUUGACAGUUCAGAAUGAAUACUAAACAUCGAUAGUAAUGUCAUAUUGCUUCCUUACUAUGAACUACUAUGUUUGUAGAAUAACUAGCAAACAGGUAAAUACUUUGAUUUUGGGGAAAAAAGUUGCAGAUCUAUUUGUGUGCUGCUCAAUUGAGAGAAUAGUAAAGUAUGAAUCUGGCAGGUAGCAGCUGUCAGAUAUGUGACAGACAUUAAUUUGUAUAUGAUAUUUAAAGUUUGUUGAAGAUUUCUUAUGUUGAAAAAUUUCAUGUUUUAUAUUAAAAUAAAAGUGUUUGUCAAUUUUUGUUCUUAAA